AUGGCCGUCGCAGCAGCUCAGAAAAAUCGCGAAAUGUUCGCCAUCAAGAAGUCCUACAGCAUUGAGAACGGCUAUCCAUCCCGCCGUCGUUCACUGGUAGACGAUGCCCGUUUCGAAACCCUGGUAGUCAAACAGACCAAACAAAGUGUACUUGAAGAAGCUCGUGCCCGUGCUAAUGACUCUGGUUUGGAUUCCGAAUUCAUCCAAGAUGUCUCUCAAAUUGAUGAUGCCGAGAAGACCGAAGGUGUCCAAAACGAAGACUGUAAAAACGGUCACCUUGAUGGAGAUAGCGAGACUGGUACAAAAUCAGAUGAAGAUUACACUCUUACUGAAGAGGAAGUUAUUUUACAAAAUGCUGCAAGUGAAAGCCCUGAAGCAGAACAGGUGAUUCAAAAAGCAGCUUUACUUCUACGUAUGCGAGAUGGGAUGGGCUCUCUUGCUCGCAUUCUUAAAACAAUUGAUAACUAUAAAGGUUGUGUUGAACAUCUUGAAACUCGGCCCUCCCAAAUAUCAGGAGUCCAAUUUGAUGCUCUCGUAAAGGUCAGCAUGACCCGCAUCAACCUGCUCCAGCUUAUCCGGGCACUCCGUCAAUCAACCUCAUUUGCCGGUGUAAAUUUGCUUUCGGAUAAUAUUUCAAACAAAACUCCAUGGUUCCCUCGUCAUGCUUCCGAUCUUGACAACUGUAACCAUCUUAUGACCAAAUAUGAACCAGAGCUUGAUAUGAAUCACCCGGGAUUCGCUGACAAGGAAUACAGAGAACGUAGGAAGCAAAUUGCUGCAGUCGCUUUUGCAUACAAGUAUGGUGAUCCAUUCCCAGCAAUUACUUACACUGAAACCGAGAAUGCUACUUGGCAACGAGUAUUCAACACUGUACUGGAUUUGAUGCCAAAACAUGCAUGCCGUGAAUAUAAGGCAGCUUUUGGCAAAUUGCAAGCUGCCGAAAUAUUCGUGCCACACCGCAUUCCCCAGUUAGAGGAUGUAAGCAACUUCCUCCGCAAGCAUACUGGUUUCACUCUGCGCCCAGCUGCAGGCUUACUUACAGCUCGUGACUUCUUGGCUUCUCUCGCUUUUCGUGUAUUCCAAUCGACGCAAUACGUGCGCCAUGCAAACUCACCCUUCCACACUCCUGAACCGGACUGUAUUCAUGAACUAUUGGGACAUAUUCCACUUCUAGCUGACCCAAGCUUUGCUCAGUUUUCACAAGAAAUUGGUCUUGCUUCACUCGGCGCUUCUGAUUCCGAAAUCGAAAAGCUAUCUACGGUUUACUGGUUCACGGUCGAAUUCGGUCUUUGUAAGGAGAAUCAACAACUGAAGGCAUAUGGAGCAGCUCUCCUUUCGUCUAUCGGAGAACUGCUUCAUGCUUUAAGUGACAAGCCUGAACUGCGACCCUUCGAACCAUCUUCUACGUCCAUUCAACCUUACCAAGACCAAGAAUACCAACCAAUUUAUUACGUGGCUGAAAGCUUUGAGGAUGCAAAAGAUAAAUUCAGACGCUGGGUAUCAACUAUGUCAAGACCAUUCGAAGUGCGUUUCAACCCACACACAGAGCGCGUGGAAAUCCUCGACUCCGUGGACAAACUCGAAACACUCAUAUGGCAAUUGAAUACCGAGAUGCUCCACCUCACUAAUGCUAUCAAGAAACUUAAGGAUUCAUCCUUUGACUAG